AUGGAUAUCAAGACCCAGGAGAAGUUCCCUCCGCUGCGCUCGGGUCGCCCCGUGGGUGGUGCGACUGAGGCGCGGUGCCAGCUGGGGGGCGUGCUGGUGCGCUCUGGCAGCGUGCCCUGCCGCGCCCAGGCGGAGCAGCUGCUGGCUCGGCUGCGCCGCACGGCGCUGGAGACCCUGCCGCUGGAGCAGAGGCUCGCAGCAGCAGCAGAGGCGCUCUGUGUGGAACGCGCGGAAGUCUCCUUCGUGGUGACCUUGGACGCCCGGCGCUGGCUGGGCCGAAAAAUCGAGUCCCCGACGCUGCGGAGUCUCGAGGAGACCUUGCACUGGAGGCGUCGCGCGGAUGAGGCGGAGGCCGCUGGCUGGCCUGGCGUGCGGGAGCUGUGGAAUGACUGGCAAUGCCUUUGCCGCCCCAAACAGCUCCAGCACCGUCGCCGCAGCGCCUCAGAACUGCAGCGCCUGCAGCAUGCCGGCGACCUGGAAAACCAGCGCCGUGAGGCGCGGCGGCCCUCGCUGCAAAGCGCCCAGCAGCAGGCGGAGCAGCUGCUGAGCCGCGCCAUGGCAAGGCCCAGGUCGCGCAAGCGCCAGGUGAUCCUCCGGGCCGUGAAGCGAAGGACGCACUGA